AUGAUACCACAGGCUAGCUUUUUUCGCCGUGUACUGCGCGUCUGUCUACGUGUUUCCGCUGGGUUUAAUAAGCUUCGAGCAAGGCUAGUGGCAUCCGGGAUUUUACUCGUCACCGUGUAUACGCCACCACGCAAGCUUACAUUUGGACAACACUGUUUCCACUUCCUUGUUUUGGUAAUUGGUGACUUUCACAUCCCGGAUCGCAGCGUAUGCAUUCACCCAGCUUUCAAGGCGCUCCUUUCACCGGGUAAAAUUCAUCAUGUAUGGUGCACUGGAAAUCUUACUAGCCGUACAAUUUACGAUCAAUUGAAAUUUAUUUGUGCUGAUGUUCACGUCGUAAAAGGUGACUUUGACCAACUUCCCUUCCCAGAAACGAAAGUCCUUACGGUUGGAAAUUUGAAGAUUGGUCUCACCCAUGGACACCAAAGUGUGCCUUGGGGGAGCCGUGCGAGCCUCUCAAUGCUCAGAAGGCAACUUAAUGUCGAUGUCCUCAUUUCUGGGCAUACGCACGUCGCAGAGGCCUACCAGUACGACGGCGGCAUCUUUCUGAACCCUGGCUCUGUUACUGGUGCUUUUACUCCUCUCCAAAGAGAUCCGCAGCCCACAUUUAUGUUACUGGAUAUACAGGAAAGCACCAUAAAUCUUUACACUUACCGGCUGGUUGGCAACGAGCACAAAGUUGAGCGAACUGAAUUUCCUCGAGCAGCCUAG